GUGGGCAACGAAGGCCCCGGUUACGGCGGCUGAGGAGAGGAGGGAGAGGCGGGGCUGAGCUUGAGGAGCGGACGGGCCGUGUGCACAGAGAGGAGGAGGAGGAGGAAGGACGGGAGAAGCGGCGGCGGGGUCUGAGGGAGCGGCGACGGCGGCGGCCGCCCCCGUCGUCGUCGUCCUCGUCCCUGACCGGACUGAGAGGGGGCGGGAAGGCCAGACACCCAGCGAGGGAGCGCCAGCGAGGGAGGUGAGAAGCCGCCCGCGGCCUGGGCCCCCGGUGGGGGUUCCGCUGAGUCACCUGCUGGGCGUGGGGCAGGGGGCGCCUCUCCUCGGGGCGGCGGGGGCCGAGGAGCCACAUUCUCCCUUCCCGCUUCCGCCGGCGCUGUGUGCGGCCUCCCCGGAAAACCGUCCCCCCUUUGCCUGGGCGGGGCGUCUCCGUACUACUACUGCGCCUGCGACGCGUGCAGGCCGGCCUCAACAACAGCCCUGCCAGGUAGGCCACCGCUGCUACUACCCGCCCCAGCUUCUCUUGGGCAGUCAGCGAGGGAGACCGUGGCUGAGAGCAGAGGAGAAGCGGAGGGCUUCCCGCUUCUGCUCCACCACCCCACUUCCACGGCUUGCAGCUUCCUGUCUCGGCCAGCCAUGGGUUAUCCAAGGGACGAAAGUGGGGGGCGGCGGCGGGGAGGAGCGGAGUGGUGUCGGAGAUGAUACUGCCCCCAAGGAAGGGAUGGAAGGAAGGAAGGGGUCGCCGCGUGAGGAGAGGCGCCUCCCGCCUAGGAUUGUGGCUUCCCACGUUCUGAGUUAGGAUUGGAGGCGGGUUAAGUGUACGUGUGUGUGUGCGCGCCCGCGUUUAAUAGGAAUAAUGUUUGGCAGGAGUUGACGAAUAUGGCUACCUGUUGAGCACCUUGGCAACCUCCAUUGCAGUUGGUCGGAAUGGCUUGUGUCGCUCCUUGUACUGCCUCUUCCAACCAGCCUGUUGGACCACAACUCCUGGCAUCCCUGGCCGUUGGCCCCGCUGGCUUGGGGGUUGAUGAGAGUUGGAGUCCAACAGUAUCCAGGGAAGUGGAGAAGGACUUUUCUUCCAUGCAGAAGGUUCCAUGCAGGUUCAGUCCUCCCAGUAGGAAGGCCUUAGGGUGGAGGGUAAUUGAUUGAUUGAUUGAUUGAUUGAUUGAUUGGGCUGGAAUGCCCCUUACCUGUAAUCUAGAGAGCCAUUGUUACUGGUCACUGUAAAUAAUAUUGAACUAUUGAACUAGUGGUCUGACUUGGUAUAAGGCAGCUUCCUGUUUAAGACAUUCCUUUAUUCAGAACUUUGAGGACUAGAAUCUUUAUGUUCAGGGGAAAGGCCAUGGCUUAGAUGCAGAAGUUCCCAGGUUUAAGGCUUGACAGCAUCCUAUUUAGCACCUGGAGGCCACCAUGCUGGGGAAGGCAUUACUAGUCAAUAGUAGAACUCUCCAAGGUCUCAGGCUGCAGGAAGGUCCAUUACCUGCUAUGCCUGUAGUCCUUUUUUUCUUGAACUGGAGAUGCUGAGCAUUGAACCUGGGACCUUCUGCAUGCAGCACAUAGGAGCUACGACCCCUCCCACAAGAGCUUGUUGUGCCCCCUUUGAAGGACUUGUUGCCAAAUAUGGUCUGUCUCCACCCCCAGCUAUCUGGAAGUACUGAUGUGGCAUUCUCCAUGUGCUUCUGACCUGUGAUAAGGAUGCCUGUCUCCUUGAACAUAGGGUGUCUCUUAUAAACAUAGCUAUGAUUAACUGCAGCAGUCUUGAUAGGGAAACUUUCUCAGGGAGGCAUCAUGGUAUCCUGGAAUGUCAGUACUCUGGUCCUUGACUCUCCUAAAGCAGAAAAGUGAGUCAGCCAAUGUUGCUUUAUCUCCUUCAUACUCAUAGGUUGUUGAAAGAAGCACUAUUAUUAUAAGUUGUUGGCCAACAAUAUGUAUGUAAAAAGACUAUUUAAAUGAAUAACUCUUGACCUGGAGACUUUUGCUUUGAAGGAGUAAAGCCAGCAAACAGUUUUGAAAAAUCCAUACUACAGGCUACCAUCAAAUGUCCAGGUGCUUGUAAUGUGCUCAGAAUGGCAAAAGUUGUCAUAAGUGCAUAUGGAAUGCUUGAAGUGAAACUACGUUGCAUGGUUUUGUACAUUCCAUUUUGUGUGUGUGUUUAACAGGCGCAUGUUCAAGGCCUCCAAGCAACUAUGGAUAAAAGGGGGGGAAUGACAGAAGUUGUGAACGGCGAUACAUUGAUUGGUGCAAUGAAAUUCCCUCAUCGCUACACAAAAGUAAGCUUUUAUGCUUCUAGUAUAAGUAUCAAAUUGCUUCUGAAGUGAUAGUAGAAUCAAGCUGUUAAUAGUUGCCAUCAGUCUGCAAAAACUUGUAAUUUUCCUGUAAAUGAGCAUACAAAUAUAGAACUGUCAGUGAGAUUUUUUUUCUUUGGAUUUAAUUCCUAAACCUUGUUUUUGUAGUAAAGCUAACAGGAACUCUUUUAAGGGAUAGGUCUACUUAACAGCCUUCUAGAGAGCUCCAACUUGUCACCACACUAAACAAGCUGGUGUAUGAUACAAGAAUUUUAUAUUAAACUAGUUUACCUAAACAAAGAUUUGCAACACCACCCUUCUAAUUUUUGCCACUGAAGUGACUGAUAGCAAAUUUAUUUUACCAAAUGAACAAUAUUAAUCUGAAAUUCUAUUUUGUUUCAGAACAUAGGUUGUAGAUGUAAUUAGGGUUUAAGAUCUAAUUUAAUUUCACGUCACCUGGUCAAAAUGCUUAUUGCUGGAGGCCUUUGACCCCUGAAUAGUUCUCAGAUGUUUUAGUCUCUUUUGAGAUUCUUGAGGUUUUAAAUGUUGGAGGUUUAGUUUUAAAAUUCAUAUAUAGGGGAUUCAUCACUUAUGUGAGGGUUCCGGUCCGGUCCACUGCAUUCAUCACCGGGACACAUGCAAAUGGGGAAUUCCUUAUUCUGCCCCACCUCCUUUUGGUAUGCAUGUCAGUGGAGACAUGCCUGCAUUCAUCUACAUGGUGAAAAGCAGGAUAUAUAUAUAUAUAUAUAUAUUUAGCUUUGCACUUUUGCUAUGCCAAGUAUUCCAGGAGAAGGCCUGUGCUUCUAGGCAGGACCACAUUAUAAAAAUGAACAGUAUAAAAUAACAUUGAAAGCCUUCAGUAGAAAUGUACUUCAAAGAUGUAUAGCUGCUACAUAUAGUAAAUGGACCAUUGUGUGAUUUCCUGAAAGUAAUCUCAGCAGGACAGUUGUCAGUUUGCAGUAACUGCCACCAGACAGCACAUUACUGAUGUCUCUUGCAUGGAACAAUCUCCCAUUUACAAGGACUUCUUUCAGAAAGCAUUUGAGAUUCUUAUUUAUGGGGAAUCUUACAUUCUUUCAGCUUCUAAAUCCUUUAAACUCCAGCAGAAGGUAUAAUCCUCCCAAACCAUGGGUAGGCAAACUAAGGCCCAGGAGCCGGAUGCGGCCCAAUUGCCUUCGCAUUCCGGCCCGCGGGCGGUCCGGGAAUCAGCGUGUUUUUACAUUAGUAGAAUGUGUGCUUUUAUUUAAGAUGCAUCUCUGGGUUAUUUGUAGGGCAUAGGAAUUUCAAAUUAUAGUCCGGCCCCUCACAAGGUCUGAGGGACAGUGGACCAGCCCCCUGCUGAAAAGGUUUGCUGAGCCCUGUCCCAAACAAACACUCCUUCAGCUGUUUUCCAAAUACUCCUUUUGAGUCAAAACAGAUACCAGACAAGCCUUCUUGCUAUGUUGCAUGAAAUCUGGUGUACAAUAAAUUGCCAUGUGGAAAUUUGAGAAUACCAUCAUUUUUCCCCUCCCCUUUCUCCAGGAAGAGCUCUUGGACAUUAAAGAGCGUCCCCAUUCUAAACGGAGGCCAUCAUGUCUUUCAGAAAAAUAUGACAGGUAUUUCUAUUAAUCUUUAGUCAACUUAUGACUUUCAUUGGUUGCAGAAAUGUUAAAUAUAUAGGGGGUCAAACAUGAGUGAUGUGCAUCUUUUGCAACGUUGCAGUGAUGGAGUUUGGGAUCCUGAAAAAUGGCAUGCGUCACUAUAUCCAAAUUCUGGAAGGACUUCACCAGUGGAAGGACUUAAGAAGGACUCGGAUUCAGAUCGGAGUUCACUCAUGAGAAGGAUAGUGGGUGAGCACUUCACAAAAGCACAUAAAUCACAAAACUGAAAUAUAGAGAUUCCUGUGUGGCUUUGACUAAUUCAUGGAGCUCAGUAUGUGCUUUAGAAAGCAGGAUAAAAUAAGGAAGGAGCAUGCAAUAGAGUUACUUAAAAUUGUAGUGAGGACUGUUUUAGGACAGAUUUGAGUAAUGAAUUAAACUGCAUAUGACAUAGAAUUGUAGGGCUGGGUCCUCUAGUUCAACUCCUUGCAACCACAGCAAAUAUGUAAAAUGAUUUUGCCAUGCUUGUGAAUAUAGCUUGUAGCACCUACUUUCUUUAACACAUAAACACAUUCCUGACAUGUAACUAAAAUCUCUUCAACCUGUAGAUCCCAGAGAACGGGUAAAAGAAGAUGACUUGGAUGUGGUGCUGAGUCCACAGCGGCGAAGCUUUGGAGGGGGCUGCCACGUGACUGCAGCUGUAGGUUCACGAAGAGCAGGAAGCCCACUGGAGAAAGAAAAUGACUGUGUCCGUGUCAUUGGCGGCCGUAGGAUUGGCAGUGGGAGAAUAAUCUCUGCCCGAAACUUUGAUAAAGACCACCGAGGUGGUGAGAAGGACUCACGGGACUCAAGAGACGCAAGGGACAGAGACCGCGACAGGGAAUACAAAGACAAGCGUUUCAGGGUUAGUCCUUAAAACCACACAGGAAGGUGUACCUGUGCCUGCUUCAUGUAUUUGAUAGACUUUCUUGACCACUUGUAUAAGUCGCACCAGGGCAUCCCAGAGCAAGUUCAGAAAACAACACAGCACUUUCCUGUUAUACAGUAAAGUAUAAAUGCCUUUGCUGUAGGUCUGAUAAUGGCAGAAACACCUGUAACCUGUGGAUUGUGUUGAAUUGGAAGGCUAUUUGGCAGCAAAGAGGGAUGGAGAGGAAUGUUGCUUUAGAAGCAGAGGGCUGUAUCUGGUAUUGGUCCUUCUUGGGCCCAUUGGGUGGUAAACUUUGAAAUUAACAGACAUGGCAAAGUUAGGCCCAUUAAUUUAAGUAGGUCGGUGCUGAGUAGGACUUGGUUGGAUUCAACACAAAAAAAAUAAAAGCUGGAUCCCACUAAAGGGAUUAUUAUUAUGGUUGGCUAGAGACCACAUGUUGAAUGUUUUCCACGUCUCUCCCCGUAAACUUUAGAGAGAAUAUGGGGACAGCAAGCGUGUAUUUGGAGAACGCCGAAGGAAUGACUCCUAUACUGAGGAGGAACCGGAAUGGUUCUCUGCUGGCCCCACAAGUCAGUCGGAAACCAUCGAACUUACUGGCUUUGAUGAUAAAAUACUAGAGGAAGAACAUAAAGGGCGGAAGCGAACAAGACGGCGUCCAACUUCUCUGAAGGAAGGUAUUAACACAGAAACUUUGUGUAUUGGAUAACUGGAGGAAAACUCUAUGGCCCAGAAAGGGGAGGAGCAUUUUGUGUAUUGAAGUGUCUGCUUUUAUCCAUUUCUGUCAUUGGCCGUUAACUGAACUUUCUGUGCUUCAUGAUCAGUCUUCUGGCUUGUAGAUGCAGGUAUGAGAUGCAUCUUUACUUGAGUUCUUUAGAGUGGGGUUAUAGGGCCUAGGUGUGUGUGACUUGGUAUAGAGGGCAUUUCUGUGUCUGCUGUGCUAUAAAGCUACCCAUAAGAGGUUUUCAUUUUAGAAUAUUAUUUGCUUAAAUGAGUGUAAGCCUCAGAUGCCUAACUAGACCAAGGAAAAAAUUUAGAUAAGCAAGGCUGGGUGAUAGUGAGCAAGGUAACUAGUGUGAUGCUAGCAGGUGAUGCGUGUGGUACAUAGCUGUCAUACUGGGGAUUGAAGGCCUUAAUCUGAGGUCCUUUUGCAGCCUUCCUGAAGGACAGUAUCUCAUGCACUCUUAAUUUGGAAUCAGGAUAAGAUGUUGGAAUGCAAUCCUAACUACUUUGCUGGGAGUGAGCUCCAUUGAAUUCAGUGGGACAUACUUGGCAUACCGUAUUUUUCACUCUAUAAGACUCACCAGACCACAAGACGCACCUAGUUUUUGGAGGAAGAAAACAAGAAAAAAGAUAUUCUGAAUUUCAGAAGCCAGAACAGCAAGAGGGAUCGCUACGCAGUGAAAGCAGCAAUCCCUCUUGCUGUUCUGGCUUUUGGGAUAGCUGCACAGCCAGCAUUCGCUCCAUAAGACGCACACACAUUUCCCCUUACUUUUUAGGAGGGAAAAAGUGAGUCUUAUAGAACAAAAAAUACGGUAGUUAAGAUUGCAGCAGUAGUGUUAACACAUUCAAGGUAAGUAGCAAAAUUUUGCUUGGGAGAUUUUGGGAACAGAUAGCUAAAUUGGCCCCAUCUGCCCCUUGUCUGGCUGCAUUCUAAUGGAAGUGGGUGUUGGUAGGCCUUAAGGCUUCAUGCAUUUUUGUAGACUGUAAAAACGUCAUUUUAGCAGCACUGAAAUACAGUUCUUUAGCCACCUGAAAACUUAGCAGUGCAUAAAAUUGGCACCUUUCUGGUAUCUGUUUUGAACGUUCUCUGGAGCAACUCUGAUGAAACUUGAGAGUAACGCAUAUUUAAAUGUAACUUAGGGAAGCAUUCUAUGAACUUGUAGACCUGUUAACAAUUGAAACAGGCAGCUGUGUCCCUGGGUGUCAAAGAGUGGCUCCUGUUGCCUCUCGAAAUUAUUUUGUGUGUGCUGAUUUUGGCUUUAUCCCUCCCAAGGAAUAGAAUGCAAUGGCGGGUUAGCGGAAGAGGUAGAAGUGCAGUCUGUUCUUGGCCAGGAGACAGUAGCCGAUCAAGAAGUCCCAAGGGAAAUAGUCCUGCCGGAACCAGCUCCAGGAGAGUUCGAUUUCAAUGAGUUCUUCAACCUAGAUAAGAGUGUUCCUGGCUUGGCUUCGGUAAGUAUUUUUUUUAAAAAACACCCAACUUUGCCAUGAUGGUUACCAUCUUGAACUAAUGCACCCUGUUUCUGGUAGUGGCUUUUCCCAUGUCUUGUUGCUCUGUAGAAGGCUUUGAAAAACUUUGUCAAGUGAAGUGGAAAUACUUGAAUAUUUCAAGGCAGCCCCCACCUCUGCCAUGGGUGGGUUUACUUGCAUGUUUGGAAGUAGUGAUGAUAUGGCUUCAUUUCUUGUACUUCACCCUUCUGUGAAAAUUUGCAGACAGUGAGCUAUGCUGAAUUAGAUCAUCUGGAAUACAGUGGUACUUUGGUUUACGAACUUAGUCCGUUCUUAAACCAAAGCGUUCUUAAACCAAGGUGUGCUUUCCCAUAGUAGCGGGUGACUCAAUUUACAAAUGGAACACAUUCAACAGGAAGUGAAACAUGUUCUGCUUCCACAGCAAAGUUCACAAACCAAAACACCUACUUUCGGGUUUGCAGCGUUCUUAAUCCAACUAAGCUCUUCUUAAACCAAGGUGCCACUGUAUAGGCUUUUUAUGGAAAGGUGGGGUAUAAAAUAUUUUAAAUACUACUCCUUGUGAUAGGAGCUGAGAAAAAGCUAAAGAAACAAGUCAAAUAAAUGAGGUCAGUGACCUUCCGAACUUAGUUGUGUCAUCUAAAAUUCCUCCGGCUACUGUAAGCAACAGUGUUUGAAUAUGUUUAGUAGUGGUAUGGGUUAUGAGCUGCAUUAUGGAAAACUCCGGUAUAAUUUUAGAUGGGGAACUUGGGUGGUGAGAGCCAUGAGGCUUCUAGUUUAAACAGGAAGUACUGGGGGCAACUUUGAGGUUUGCACAACUGCAAGAACUUCUGACUUGAUUGAGUGGGUGAGACUUUCUCCCAAACCAGCAAGUGAAUAUGCCUGUUUGUUCAUCGGAUAGAUUUAGUUUUAAAAACAGGAUGCUUUAUUUAAAUUGUCUUAUUCCAAGGUAGGUAUGUUGGGGUUGAAGUCUGCUGGAUGUGUCCAUACAGAGUUAUACACAGUUGCCUUAGGAGAGAACUAUCCAAGGAAAGAUUUUGAGGCUACACACACUUUUUUUUUUUUGUAGGUAUGAUGCUUGUACUUUCUUGAAUUCACUUUUAAUGAAAAUAUUGAGGGCCCUUCCCAAAAACAAGGCCUAAAAUUUUAUGUAUUUGGAUACUCCAGAUCAGGCAUAGGCAAACUCCGGUCCUUCAGAUAUUUUGAGACUACAAUUCCAGUCAUCCCUGAGCACUGGUCCUGUUAGCUAGGGGUGAUGGGAAUUGUGGUUCCAAAACAUCUGGAGGGCUGGAGUUUGCCUAUGCCUGCUCCAUAUUAUUAGUUUGAAUCUGUGACUCCUUAGCUGAAUAGUUUCAUAUACAUACAAUCCUUAAGAUAAACUAAUAAGACUAGUUAGCCUUCCAUGGGGUCACGAAGAGUCGGACACGACUAAACAACAACAACAACCUUCAAAAUGGAAUACCUGAUACCCAAAUGCAAUCUCUCAGGCUUUGACUUGCCUCAUAACAAAGGCGUUAUUUUGCAAGAGGAACUCGGGCUUCAUAGGAAACAUUGGGUGGAUGAAGGAAUUGAUUGCCUUGGAUUUAAGGGUGGGAGCACUGCAGCAGCAGCCAGGGUCAUGCCUGGGCUUGCAGAACGCAGGCUUCACUUCUAUGCAUGUGGGUUCUCCCUCUCAAGCAUGGCCUGCAAAAAAAUUAAAUAGGCUAGUGACUUACCCCUGCCCCUCAUAAGAGUAAAGAGGGAACACCUUCAAAAGUAGCUUAUCAAAGCUCAACCUUGGAUGUGUUUGCCAAUCAGAAGCAGUGGUGCUGGUUGAUAGUGGUGCUGUGCGGUGAAGAGCAGAAGGACCCUUGAGUUGCCAUGUCUGAAGUUGGGUGAUGGUGUUAACUUGACAUAGCAUAAAAAAUGAUUUAGUUAAUACUUAACUGUGGGUACCUAGCAAGCUUCCAAGUUCCACAGGGCAGGCGGGAGGAAUUCAUCCUGAACUCUGGGCUACUCCUGUUCCACUCUUCCUUCAGUAAAGCCAAUAAGAGGUCAUCAUAGAGGGUCCCAUUUUGUCCACAGUCAAAAUAGCAUUUGAUACUCUAGUAAAAUAUAGGAUAGCAUAUUGAUUUGUUCUAAAUUUGAUAUACUGCUGUUCAGACCCAUAUGGGAGCCCUCAAGCAGGCUCCCUACAUACAUUAUGGUACGCAAAAAGGUCCCCUCAGCUGCUUCAAUCUGCGGAACUGCCAGUUCUUCAGGUGCCACAUAAUACCUGGUCCACAUUUGUAAGAACUCAUUUUUUGUGUGUGGCAGCAUAUACACUUUGGAACGCCUUGCCUAUUGAAAUCAGGCAUGUGCCCUUUACUUGGUUUUUAGCACCUGCUGAAAACAUUUUUGUUUAGAAAAGCCUAUGCAGAUAUAUAAAAUGCUGGUGUGUUUUUAGUUUGUUGCUGAUUUUAAUUUAUUGAAUGUUUUAAUCAAUAAUGUUGGGUUUUUGUAAACAAUUUUGAAGUAGCGUGUAAGUUUUAUCAAAUAAAUAAAUGUGCAAAUACAGUGGUACCUCGGAAGUCAAACGGAAUCCGUUCCAAAAUUCUGUUUGACUUCCAAAAUGUUUGGAAACUAAGGUGCAGCUUCCGAUUGGCUGCAGGAAGCUCCUGCAGCCAAUCGGAAGCAGCGUAAGAAGUUCAGGUUCCAAAGAACGUUUGCAAACCGUAAUACUCACUUCUGGGUUUGCGGUGUUCGGAAGCCAAAACGUUCAACUCACAAAGCGUUUGGGAUCCAAGGUACAACUGUAUGGUAACGGAGCCCUUUUUUAUGUAGUGUUUUGCAUAUACAAGAAUGACAUGGUACAUUUGCAACAAGGUCUUGGUCAUUGGAGGCAAAAGUGCCUCUUUUUGGAAGCUGCCUUUUGCAAUACAAGUAGCACCUCCUGGGUUGGAAUCCUAAGUCCCCUUGGACACAAUAGGAUCUUGCUUCUGAGAAAACAAAUAAGAUUGCCACUGGUGGAGGCUGAACAGCAUGAAGUAUUGUUGAAUAUCCUAAGGUUCUAGAACCUUUGGCCCUCCAGAUGUUGCUGAACUACAACUUCCAUCAUCAUCCCUGACUAUUGGCUGUGCUUGCUGGGGCUGAUGGGAAUUGUAGUUCAGCAACAUCUGGAGGGCUAAAGGGCCCUCACCAUUGAUCUAAACCUUUAGGAUUAGUAAAUUGAGGCCCCUUAAUGGACUCCAGGACACACUUCUGCCAUCAGGGCAAAGUGCCAACUGCCAACAGAAGUGGUUUGGGGACUAACCUUCAGAGAACAGGCUUUGUGUGGUUGCUCCUGGAAGAAUUCUGGAAACAGCAGGCCUGCUACAGUCAAAGGGAUUAUGCAGGGAUCAGACACCUGUUCUUGGUUAUGAUUGCCUGCAAUACCUACCCCUUUUCUCUUUAUUAUAUAGAUGAUAGAAGAUGUGCUGGGGGAAGGUGCUGUGUCGGCCAGCAGGUUCAGCCGCUGGUUUUCCAAUCCCAGCCGUUCCGGAAGCCGUUCGAGCAGCCUUCGAUCUACACCCCAUGAAGAGUUGGAGAGACUGGCAGGUAAUACUGUCUUGUCCUUUCUGUGGCCAUUUGUAUUUCUUCUAGAAAGUUGCAGGACCAUGUUGCAGGACCCCUUGCCCGUGGCAUUUUCUUCAUUCUGAUUCUUCAGCUUCUGGAGCAGAACCCUAAACUCCUUGGGUACGAGUGUGUCUCUUUGUGGAAUGCUGUCUCCUCUCAAGAGUAUAAACCUCUUUGCUCUGUUCUCCUGAGAGCGGAAAAGACUUACAAGGCAGUCGUCCUGGUUUUUACUGUUUCAGGUCUAGAGCAAGGCAUUCUGUCCCCUGGUCAGAACUCUGGAAACUACUUUGCUCCCAUUCCUUUGGAAGACCAUUCUGAAAACAAAGUGGACAUCUUAGAGAUGCUGCAGAAAGCCAAAGUGGACUUAAAACCCCUCCUCUCAAGUCUCUCAGCCAACAAGGAGAAGCUUAGAGAGAGCAGUAAGUCUUCCCCCUUCUGCUGUUGUGAUGCCUCUGGGUGCCUCCGGCAAAAACAUGUUCAAGUGCCAAGCUUUGGUUCUCGGCCAGGAAGUGCUAAGAUUGACUUCAGGGAUCCCUAUGGAUAUCUGCAUUGCCUUGCUGAUCCUUAUCCAUAGGCUAUAACAGCAGGAUUAACUCCUGGUGUAAACGAAGCUCCUGGUAUCAACCCUUCCUGGCAUCUGAAUCAAUUUCCAAAUUGAAAGCUGGUGGCGAAAGCCUCGAGCACUGCAAAGCUUGCCACUUGAGCGGCUCUUGCUCUUCACCCAAGCUUGCACCACAGCAUCUCUUGCCUCAAUAACGUAAGCAAAGUUUUCUGCAACUAAUCUCUCAGCUAGGGAGUCUGCGGCUUCUCUGGAUGUCGUAUAAACCUGGAUAUCUUAAAAAGAAAUAUAAUUGGCCAGUACCCGAGAUGGCAGCUUUACGGUGGAUGUGGGGGUGAGGGCUGAAGGUGGGAAAGGAAUUCUUGAGCCAUAAAUUCUCCUGCCAAAAUCUUGGCAUGUCAUACGUCUUGGUUACUGAGGCCCACCUUUUUAAAUUGCAUGUACCGCAGAAGGCUUGCAUGGCUGAUCUGCAUGUUGCUUGUGCAUGUUCAGAAGCUCCCCUGCAUGUGCUGCAUAUGCUGCAUAAUAAUUGGGUUUCAGUUCAGAAUCUCAGCUGGCAGGUCUGAGCAGCGGAUACUGGCAUGCAAACAUGCUGAGGAAUUUAUAAAAACACGUCUUUGAUUUGGUGCUUCCUAAUGACAGUCAGGAGCAGGAGUUGGAAUUUUCAUCCAGUGAAUAUGCACAGUAGAAAACUGGGAAAUCCCUGCUGUAAGAGUUUCCACCCAAACUAAUUCCAAGCCCUGUGCUCAGAUGUCAGUCUCUAUCUUCCUGCUACAGUUUGCUGAAUGUGCUUGAACGUUAAGUGAUUUGGGUCCUUUCCUGCAUCUGCACGACUGUCAGGGCAUCUGAAUUGCAGUAUUGGGUGCCAAUUUUGUUCUGUAAUAAAUAAAAAGGCAAUUCCUGCUAUGGAAAUACAUUCAUUUACAUUUCUUUGGCCAUUAACUCUUAAACGAGACCUAAGACUGCCUAUUACAUCAUGGUACCUCUGUGUUCCAAUAUCUGUUCCCUAACUGGAAGCAUCUUGCCUAAAUGGCUAGCUGUUGCUUUAGAGCACUGUUUUCUUUGUGAUGCAUAUUUUGUGGCUUUGCAUGAUCUUUGACUAGAGACUGGACAAGCCAUUCUAGGGCAAUAAAGAAUGCACUUGGUGUCUCUAUUGACUACUCUUCAGUCUCCAUAGUAGACGUAGGCAACUUCUGCUCCAUGGAGCUCCUGGAAAACACAAGACUGGAGUGUUCCAAUUUUAUACAACAGCCUUGAACUUGCUUGGGUUAACUGCUUUUGUGAAAUGGCAAGUAGCUUCUGCUCAGAUGGGUCUAAAUUGACCAUGUUGUGGUUUCUUAUCUUGCUGAGGUGCAGUAAUGGAAGGCAUACGUAUGAUCUUGUGAAUAGAAAAUCCGCCUCUGUUAUAGUCUGACUUCAAACACCAGUGGUUCAGCAUUGACUGACACGACAUAAGGAUCAAAUAAUUACAUGACAUUGCAGCUUCCUGUAAGCAGAAUAUAUGCUUUCAGAUGUCAGCUUCUGCAUAGAAGUGAAGGCAUGCAUUCCAAGAGCGCCCUGGUAUUGCAAGUAAAAACUUAGAAUCAUGAGAGAGACCCAUAGUUAAGAAGCCCAAGAGAUCAUUUAUUCUGUUUUAGGCAAACCACUAUUUGAAAAAUAGUUUUUUUCAUUGAAAAAUUCUUGGAAGAAAUUGUCCGUAUUCUUAAUGGCUCAAAGAAAGCUUGCUCAGGUUGCAGAUCAUUUGUGCAUGUGCCUUGGGGUGUUGUCCACUGGAAAGUGCUAUUGUCCCCACUCUCUUGCUUUAUAGGGCUACUUUGUGCUGGAGUGUACCAAUUGUCCUAAUAGCUCUUGUACUGUACAAAUAUGCAUGGCUGUUUAUACGCUUCAACCCUUGUAUGUAAUCUAAAUUCUGUUAAGCUGUUGGGCUGGCUUCUAAGCUACUCACAGGGCUCAGAGUUAUCUCUGACUCAUACAUUAUUGAGAGUCUCAUAAGAUGUCUGUGUCACCUCUUCGUUUGAUUCUUAUUUGCUGUUUGGAAGAUCUGGAAUCUUAAUUUUUGAUUUAGCUGCAGCUUCGGUGUUGGAUGUGCAUAAGUCCUUGCAUGGCCUUGGAAUGACUGACGUUUUAAAGCAGUGACCUGGAACAAAAAUGGAGCUAGUGCCGUAUCCUUGUGGUCUUCCUUUCUGGCAAUCUCUGUCAUCCCUGAAUCUGCCCCAUCAAUGGAACAUCUAGUUCUUGAUUAUCUCUCUCUUUCCCCUCACCCCACCCCUUUCAGCACAUUCAGGAGUUGUCCUUUCAGUGGAAGAAGUAGAAGCUGGGCUGAAAACCCUGAAAGUGGACCAGGAGAGGAAACCUGCCGCCCCCUUAACGGCCGAGCAGAUGGAAGAGUCACUAAACAUGAGAGAUUCCCGGCACCUUAAGGAUGGCGAUAUGUCCGCCUUCAACAAACUAGUCAGUACUAUGAAGGCAAGUGGGACUCUGCCUUCCCAACCAAAAGUCAAUGUAAGUAGAGAAGGAGUGCGUAAAUGAUAGAAAUUCAACCACACCUAGUCUUGGGGCAAAAACUUGAAACCACUUCCUAUAUACAAACACGUACUACUUGUAUGACUGUAUAGCAGACAUACUUCGGAUCAAUAGUUUAAAACUAUAUGAGAGAGCAUCUUACUGGAUGCAUCCCAUGACAUGGGAAAAUGAUUUCUUGUAAGAGUUUUUAAUGCACAAAAGAUUGGAAAUCUAAAUUUUAGAAAUUGUAUGAACUUUCAUUACUUUUUAUUAGAUGUCAUUUGUUUCCUAAUGAACAGGAAAGCAUGGGCAAAAACUGUUCACCAACCAUCCAAAACUUAAAUAUCAAUAUAUAAGGGGAGGGGGCAUUCUGUAAAUGGGGAACUACUACUGAGCAGGCCACCUUUGGUUCAGCCAUUGCCAGUUUGCUGGUGACAGUAGUAAGGAUUGACGUGUGGAAGACCAGCUCCUCUACCUCUGUCUUUAAAGUGGGUAAGCUAACGUUGGCAUCCUUAUAGCCCGCUUAUCAAACUACUUAUAAAAUUGACGCCUCGUUACACUGGUAGAUUUGUCUUGAUUCUUGCAUGUGCUGGUGGGCUGCACUGGGAGGAUGGGGCAGGCGACGAAUGCUUACAAAGUGAUGCAAAAACUGCAUGUCACCUUAUUUUCAGCAAACCCUUGAAAGCCACGUGAUAACGCCUCCUGAGAUGCAAGGCCAAUCGGCCACAAAGAAUAUCUUGCAGGUAGAGUGAAAAUAACAACAACAACAACAACAACAACAACAACAACAACAAUAGGGAUAAGGUGGUCCUUAAUGUAACCUGGACUCAAGUUACUAAGAGCCUUGUAAGAUAAUACACAAACCUUGAACCUGGCUCAAUAAUGUAUGAGCCUCCAGUGCAAACCUUUUGAGCACUGGAAUUAAAUGCUGGUUGUAGCCUAUCCCCGUUUUGCACUAGCUGAAGCUUCCAACUGUCAUACUCCAUGCAUGCAAAUGGAUGUUUGCAGCACUCAAUGGCAGUGAGCUCACCACAAGAAGCUGCAUGCAGCUGCUACAAUGACUUAGAGAAUAUUUGUAUAAAUAAAUAAAAAAAGCAGGAGUGUUGCUCAGCUAGUAUGGCUGCAGAAGUGUUGUAAUCCAGCCCUGCAGGUUUACAGAAAGUUGCAGCCUCCCUGCCUGCCCUUCCAUGUCUGUUUUAAUGAGAAUCUGUGCUCCAUUUGACAACUGCCUAAAAGAAAACAGGUAGAUGAAGUUCCCAUUCUGCUUGCCUGGCGGCAAUUCUUUCUGCCGCAGGCAGUUUGGAAUGUCUUGACAGACUUAUUUUCAUGGAGCAUUUCUUUGUGUCACGUGCUGCUGGGAAGUGACUUCAAGUAGUCAUCAUAGUUGGAGGAUCUGAAAAUCCUGUGUUAUUUCCAAAGGAGAUCCUCGGGCCGUCCAGUGGCAGACCUGCUUCAUCUAAUGUCCUCAACAACUUGAUGAGUGGCUUGGAACCUGUCUCAUCUCUGCUUGGCCAAAGAGCCCCCUCUCCACCGCAGCCUCCGAUUUCUCAGAUGUUUCCGACUCGAGCUGCUUCUGCCGACUAUCUGAGGCAUCAGAUCUCCUCACCAAUUGGUAAGAGCUGGAAUGUCUAGAAAUACUCCCCAUCAGCUUUCUUUGGAUACAUCCAGUUCCUGCCUACUGGUAGUCCUGGGAAGUUCAUUGUUUCACACUCCUACCAAACAAUCGACUCAAAGUUUCUAACCAAAACAAGUUGGACUCAGGCUCUGAAUAAUAACCUUGGAUCAGAAUUAAUUUGAAUUGCAAACAAACAAGUCCAGAUGACUUCUCUACAGUCAGUAGCUCUUUUUUUAUGUGUUCAAAAGAGCUUGCAGCUUUCCUAGAACAAAAUAUCUAAGAGAAAAUCAUCUGUUUCUGUAGGAUUUUAGGACCACUAGGCCACUGGUUCACUUAAUGUUGAAGCUGCUCACUUAUCUCAUUGCAGGCUUUGGAUCAGGUUCUCAACAGCUGCUUGGUGAUCCAUUUCAGGGGAUCCGGAAGUCAAUGAGCCCAGCUGCUGCACAGGUGAGGGGGGAGGAAUGCUUUUCCUACCCUUUGGUGUUUAAGUUGGAAUCAUGAUGGGUGUGGAAUGUAGCCUAGCCUAGCUGGCUCACUGCUAGGAACGGCGACGAUUCUAUCUAGCUGAAUGAAGGAAUUGUAUUUUAUUCAGUCACACGUAGGCUCCUUGCAGAAUUGCAUGCCAUGUUGAAAAGUUGGAACUUCUACGGUGAGAGUGGCCUAUUAUAAGACAAACAUCUUGGUCAAUGUUGGGGUGUACAGGGAAUGUAGGAGAGGUAGCUCCUACAACAUGCCAGAAGCUCAAAAGGAUUUGGGAGAUGUGUAGUAAGGUUUAAGAAACUGGAGGGUGGGGUAAUAAACUGUUUUCCAGUUAGCAUUCCUUCUCUGCGCCCAGCAUGCAAGGGCACUCCAGUGAGAAAAUCUAAAAUACCUGUGACCUCUACUGACCUAGUUAGAGCCUUGUUACUGUCCUGUUCACAGACAGUUUUGAGAAAUGACUUCUCGCUUAGUUCAUAGGUGCAUUUGGAUUCUACCUUUACAAUAGGCAAAUGUCUUUGGAGAUAUACUUUAAAAUGAGGGUUGACAGAUAAGCUAUCUUAGGAUAGACUUGGAGGAUAAUCUGAAGCAGAAGUGGUAAAGUGCUUUCCUUGCAACUGUGCUGUAAUUCAGCAUCUUACUCCUAACAUCUGGGUUAAAUAGUGCAAGCAUGAGGUGGUGACCCUCCUAUUUAAGAGGGGAACGUUGCCUUUUUGUACAGACUUGUUAACACCAAAGAAACCUUUUAGGUAUCUGUAGCUAAUUUGUAAUAAUAAUCUAACAGUUUAAAAGCCUUGGCUUUAUACUUACGACUCUGCUGAAAUCUUUAUUUCAGAUGAGUCCACUUGAGCUGCAGCAAGCAGCAUUAGAAGGCCUCUCGCUUCCACAUGAUUUAACCAUGCAGGUGUCGAAUUUCUACCAGCCGGGUUUUGGCAAACUACAAAUGGACAAAAACCGAGAUGGCUUCAGGAACAGGUGAGCAUAAACAGCGGUUUGGUAGCUGGGAGAGCAAUUUCAGUGCUCCCUUCCUAUGUCUAUUUGUCCUACCUUAAUUUUCAAAGGAGACUCAUCCCAGAGCUCUGGCGAAGAUAGUUUGAAAUGUGGGUCUCAAGUUUGCUAGGAAUAAAUAGUUUUGCUGAUGUAGGACGUGGACUGUAACUUUGUGAAACUCAAACAGUGUCUGUAAGAAUUAAAUACUUGUAAUAGCAUAUAUUGCAUAUGUUUAGCACAAUGAUUGUUGGAUAUUGAUGCAGGUGAAAAGCUGUGGGGACCACUGAAUCUGAACUGCAGGGAUUGGUCUGUAGUACUUAGGGUGAAAUUCCUUUCGCCUAGAAAGCACUUGGCACAGGGCAAGUGACCUGCUUUCCCCUCUCUGUUGUUCUGCCUGGCCAUCCCCAGGUCUGGCUGGAACUCUCCCAGCCUGCUUUCCUGCGGAGAAAGGACUGUGGCUUCUUUACUGGAGUUCUGACCUAGUGAUGAAAGUUAGUCUGUCCUGCUCUUUUCCAAAUACACAAGGAACUAGGUUCAAAGACCAAGCUUAGUGUUGUGCUAAGCAGUAUCUUCCAUUUCCUCUCUUAAAAACUAGCCCAUUUUUCUCCUGCCUUCAAACUGAUUUGUAUCAGCAGAGCAGAGCAGGUCAGACUCCCAGGACAGUUUAGCCAAGGAGCUUUCUUGUUCCCCAGCCAGGCAGAAAGAGGAUGGGGCAACAGUUAAUGUGUGUUUUCUCUUUCUUAGGCAGCAGCAGCAGCGUCUGUCGAAAUCUCCUGCUCCCAUGGGCCACAGAGGGAAUGCCUCUUCUCCUCCAGCCCCUGCUGCUUCCAUCACUAGCAUGGUUAGUGCUAUCGAAAGACCCAAUGUUGUAUGAAAAACAAAGGACAAAUGGAUCAGAUUUAGUGUAGUAGAAGCCCUCUUUCAAUUUCCAGCUAAUGGAAGUGUUGUAAUACCAGAUGAACUUGACUUUAUUAUUGUUGUGGUGGCACUUCUCCUUCAAACUCUUCUUUAGUUGUACCUUUCUAUAGUAUCUCCUUGGGGUCCCAGGCACUGCCUGGUGUAUCUAGGGCUCUGGAACUUGUCUAGCUAGAUGAGCUGCCCAAUGCACAAAAACUAUCCCACACAAUGGGCUACUAAUUUCUGGUGAUCUUUUUGUUUUCUUUCUAGCUGUCUCCUUCCUUUACUCCUACCUCAGUGAUACGCAAGAUGUAUGAAAGCAAAGACAAAAGUAAAGAUGAACCAAAUCCUGCAAAGCUGAAAUGCAGUGAGAGAGAUGAAGGUCUGAGGAACAGUGAAGGUACAGGAUGGUGUGGCGGCCAUCUGUGUUGGGAAAGGCAAAACGGAGGUCUAAAUAAGUCCCUGCCACCAUGUGCCAUAAAUUCUGUCCAGAAAAUCCCCAUAAAGCCAGAAGGGAGGGGUCUCUCCUGAAGAGGCAGGCAAAUAGGCAGGAGAGUGUUCUGUGGUUCAUGGGUUGCGCAGAGACAAGACAGGCAAGUUACUUGGUAUUCUCUGCCAAAAUUCAUUAAAUCUUCUCAUCUAAAUGUGAUUGACAAAUCAAAAUUAGGCAGGCCUGCCUGGCAAAUGUACGUGGUGUAGCUUCCUCUGCAUCCAUAGAGUAGAAAAUGAAGCACAGGGAGGCAGUAAUGGUGAGUAGAGAAGAAACAAACCUUUGGAAGCUAGCAGGGCAUGGAACAUCUCCUGUGAGGGUUAAGUGGCUCAUACCAGCUCUCCCGUGCCUGGGCCACAGCUAUGCAGUGUGGUGGUAGUGGAGGGGUUCCAAUUUGGACCAGAGAGGCCUGGCCACAAAUCCUUGCUUCAGGCAUGAAGUUUCAUGUGAUCAUGGGCUAUACCAGGCAUCCCCAAACUCGGCCCUCCAGGUUUUUUUGGGACUACAGUUCCCAUCAUCCCUGACCACUGGUCCUGUUAGCUAGGGAUGAUGGGAGUUGUUGUCCCCAAAACAUCUGGAGGGCCGAGUUUGGGGGUGCCUGGGCUAUAAAAUCUUCUGUAGCCUGGUCUUUCGGAAAACAAUUUUGUGGAAAAGCAGCGUAUAGUUAAACUAUGGAACUCACUCCCACUGGAGGCGGUGAUAGUCACCAACCUAAAUAGCUUUAAGGGAGAAUUAGACAAAUUAAUGGAGGAGAGGGCUAUUUAUUGCUACCAGCCAUGAGGCCUACGCUCUGUCUCCAUGGUCAGAGGCAGCAAUGCUUCUCAACACCUCUUGCCGGAAGCCACAGGAGAAGAGAGUGCUUUUGUCCUCUGGUCCUGCUUGCGGGUUUUCCAUUGGCACCUGGGUGACAACUGUGAGAACAGGAUGCUAGAGUACCUGAGGCACUGGCCUGAUCCAGCAGGCGGUUCUUAAUUUAAAUUUGCGGGGGGUAAAGGCUAAGCCUAGCCAACCCCAACCACAGGGUUGUUAUGGGAAUGUGGGAUAAGCCGCUCGAUUCAACAGGCAAUUUGGCUGCGGUGGCUUCUUGUCAGCGUGGGCAGUGAGUGUGCACUCUUUCCAAGCCCCACCCCAAAUUAUAGUACACUUAAGUGAUUUGCUCUUGUCUCUCCACAGAGGGCUUGCUGCCAUCUAGGUCCAUAGAACACGUAGAUCAAGAGAAUUCACCUUCCAUAGGUACCAAGCUAGCAUCGCUACAGCGCUCUGCCUGUUCAACGCCACUUUCUCAGACCAAUCGUUGCACCAAAGAACAAGACUACAGGCCGAAGUCCACUGGGAGAAAGACCCCUACCAUGGCUUCCCCUGUCCCGGGGUCUACUUUCCUCCGUCCUGUCCACCAGGUCCCCCUGGUUCCUCAUGUACCAAUGGUACGGCCUACUCAUCAACUGCCCCCGGGAUUAGUCCAGAGGAUGCUGCAGCAAGGGAUUCAUCCUCAGCAUCUUCCACCUCUGCUGCAAGCAGGUAAUCUUUCUCCCCCCCGCCCCAACAUAGGAACAAACUAUCAGGCCAUCUUGUUAACUGCAACGUUAGAAAGAAUACUUAAGCACAGCAACCUUUAUGAAUUCUGUUACCUUGUAGGUGGAACUUAAAUGAGUGAUCGGACUGCUAGGAUAGCUCGGUAGAGCAUGAGACCCUUAAUCUUGCGGUCGGGUUCGAGCCCCACCUUGGGUAAAAAGAUUCCUGUAUUGCAGAGAGUUGGACUAAAAGAUCCUCUUGUUUCCAUUCUAACUUUUCAAUUCUAUGAUUUGGGCAUGAUUUCUUUGGGAUCUCCCUAAGAACCUGAAACAGGCAGUGUGUGAUGGUAAGCCUCCUGAUGGGGUGGUAAGGUAACAGUGUAACAAUCUGCAGGGUCUGCACUGGCUUUCAGCAAUCUUUAAUUUAGGUACAGUUGAAGGUAGUGGUUUUGCCUUGAAGCCAUCAGAAAUCCUAGACAUGGUGAUUGCACCACAGUUAUACUGCAACUUCUCCUGGUGGCUUUAAACUAUAAUCUCUUUUGGAAAAGUUUUAAGAUGACCAGGGCCAAGCAAAUAAUCAAAUCCAUUUAAACAGUGGUUUGUGGUUUUGAGUCAAAACGGCUGUUAACUUGCCUUGAAUUCUUGGGAAUGGUUGGGCUAGAAAUGCAGAUAGGUGUCCAAAACUGAGGAGAGAUCAUUUGCUUAUCGGGGAUUUUUUUCUUCCUACCAGGUAUGAUUCCCCCUGGGGUAGACUUGACUCACUUCCAGGGAGUGUCUGCUCCCAUCCUUGGUCAGCCUUGUUACCCGCUUCCAACAGCUGGCCAUCCUCUCUUGAAUCCUCGCUCUGGGACACCUCUGCAACUGGCAAUGAUGCAGCAGCAGCUACAGAGAUCAGGUAAGGUUUCCCCUCCCCAGGUAGUCAGGGACUGCCAGUGUUCUAAAUGGUUCCUUUCUAACAUGAAUAGCAAAACUCUCACUUAGAAACAAGCAGCUUACAGUACUUCUCCUUGCUGCUAGAGCAGAGUUAAGCAGAUGGUGGGCUGCCAUCCUUCAGUGGACCACCUUGGCCUGCUGAUAAGAUUUUGCAAAAAAUGCUGAGCUAAGUAGGCCCAGGAAGGCACCGCUUGUCUUAAGUAGACCUUCACAUUCUGGAUCUUUAACAGCUAUGCUGCAGCUAGUCUGUGUUAAUAAAUUCUUUAUGUUCUUGCCUUGUUUUGUAAAGUUUCAAAACACUUUGGUAGCCCACAGGAAAUCGCUCAGCAAGACUAACGUAGGCCUAUUUCUGCACUAGAAGAUACCAGAUGGUGGCCAGGGCUGUCUUAAGCAUAUCCAGCACCGUGGUGCAAAGAUGCCUUCGGUGCCCCCCCCCCCCGAGUUGUCAACCUUUUUUAAGGGGAGGAACCCCAAAGUUGUUGACCUUUUUUAGGGAAGUUUCCCCAGAGUUGUUGACCUUUUUUUAGGGAGCUGACACCAGAAAUAGAGAGACAGAGAAGAACUGAUCUCCAUAUAAAUGCUAGCUAGUGGAGACAUCUAGGAGGAGAGAAAGAAGCAGAAGGGGGAGGCGAUCACUAAGUUCAUUUCUGCAAACUGAGGUUUGGACAGGACAUUUAAAGCAGAAGAACACUCUUUUGCAGAAUUGAAUUUGACAAUGCAUUGGGUGAAAAGGACCUGGAGGAGGGAGGCAAAGUGUGUCUCCCAACACAGAUCCGCUUGUGAUUUUGUUUGGCGGCUGAAGCUUCUUCCUCUUCUUUUAGCCGAGCUUGGUGAGGGGCUGGGAGGCAGAAGCACUCAAGUUUGCUGCCUCUUGGUGGCUUACUGCAGCUGGCAGAGGAAAGGGAAACAGAGACACACACACACCACCAAAGAAAGAGAAAGACAAGAGGGGAAACCAACUGAUGGGUUAUUUUCCCUUUUGAAAAGCAAAACAAGGAAGUGCCUGCCCCAGUGGUGGGAGAAGGGGGAGCCGCUUUGCGGUUUGACAGUGAGCUGGGGAGCGAGGGAGAGGAGCAGCUUUGCUGGUGCUGCUGCUGGGUGGGGAGGGGAGCCGCUUUGCUGGGAGGGAGGAAGAUGGAGGAGCCACUUUACAGCAAGCUCGGGAGGGAGGGAGAAGAGCAGCUUUGCCGGAGCUGUUGCUCACGAGCCGCUGGCUUGCCAGAGAGUCAGCCCGGGGAGCCACUUUACCGGGAGGGAAGGAGCCCUGCCGGGGCUGCCAAUUGGCACAGCUGCGCCAUCCUCCCACCCAUUGAUGCUGAUUGGUGUGGCUACGUGAUCCACCCACCCGCCCGCGUGGGGUGCCGGCGCUUUCAGAUUCUUCGCCACUCCCCCUUCCUCCGCCACUGCCGCCAGCCAUAUAGUUGGCAGGGCACAGCUGGCGGGACUUGCUGGAGCGCCCCUGAGAGGCCUGCGCCCUGGCGCAACACGCCAGUAAGCCCAAUAGGAAAGACGGCUCUGAUGGUGGCUCAUGUCACAAGUGGUAUUUUGGAGGAGAGCUCACGUGCUUCUCUCCACCUUGGAGAGCGGAAGCCACCUGGUCUUGUGGAGAGGCCAGGCCUCCUUGAUGCUUGAGUUCAGGAGGUUGGGGAGCAGAGUUUUUGGAAAUGCUGCUGGCCCCUGAAUACUGCUGCACCAAACCGAACUAGCAACUGAACUGCUUGCGCCCACCCUGUAGCAUGGUCAAGCUGUACUCUGAAUGGUUAUAGAGUUCAGGGGUGAAGAAAGCUUUUAUUUUGCCACUCACUUGAGGAGUUCUAUCUGUUUUCUCAGAAAAGCUGAAUAAGAGUUUCUGACCCAGAGCCAAACAUACAGUCCAUUCACCACCAAGACUGAAGCUUCCCAUCACACUUUCAAAGCAGCCUUAUGUUUGCUCAAGGCAUGUAUUUCACUUUUUGUCUUUCUCUCUCUCUCCUUCUCCGCCUUCCCCAGGCUCAAGUGCACAAGGAUCUGCUGUUGGUGUACAAACUCCCCCUCUGAAUGUGCCAUCUCGGACUGGACUGCCUCACGUGCACUCACAGCUUGACCACCGUGCGAACCAGCGAAGUAGCUCCCCUGUUGGUCUUGCAAAAUGGUUUGGUUCGGACGUCUUACAGCAACCUCUCCCUUCCAUGCCAUCCAAAGUAAUCAGUGUAGACGAACUGGAGUACCGGCAGUAAGCAGCUAUGUUGGAGAGCAGGUACUCAGUCUUCCUGCUGCUGCUGCUGCUGCUGCCUCCUUAGACACGGAACUCUGUGCUUCACUGGCAUUUCCUUUUGGGCGCUUUGGUUUUAGCACUUUGUGCAAGGUUUUCUUUUCUUUUUCCCCCCUUCUUUUUCUUCAGUUUUCUUCAUUCUUCUUCUUCUUCUUUUUUUUUUUUUUUGAGUGACUGAAAGCACAUGGCACCUGUCCGAGCUCCCAUGUCUACAUUGAGAUUAAAAGAAUCUCCUGGACUGAACAGUGAACCCUGAAGGAACUUUGAUGCAAGACAGGACCAGUUCCAAUUCUGAAAGCAUCUUCCCUUUUUUGCGUUUGGCUUUCUUUGUAAGAUAUGUGAAUGAAGUGCUGGGAAUCCUCUUGAGGAUAGAGGUAGCAGCUUAAGGGGUUCCUCACAGGAAAUUAAAUGUAUAGACCCUUGUGUACAGACCAAUGUAUAAACAUCUUUUUGUAUAUAUAUAUAUCUCCACCAGAUAGCUUUUUUUGAAACCUUAUACAGCUGUACAUAAGAGUAGCUAGUAAAAAGUUACGCUUUAGUUUGUGUGCCUAUGAUUUGGGAUCUUUUCACUGUACAUGUGGGACUUGUUUAAGAUUAAAGGUGCUGCAUCUGUCAAGUGUGAGUGAACAGGGUGAAGUCGCUUUGCCUGUUGCAGUCUCAAGUCUUUCUCCACGGUAUCCUUUUUGUCAUCCGUAAUGUGGCGGUAGCUGAAGUGGGGGAAGAGCAGCCACUGUGCAUCCUGAUCUACUCCUGUCCAAGAAAAACUUCCAGCGGGCAACCACUUCAUUGGAAGUGUCAGCCUCCUUCAGCACACUGAAGACAUGGCAAGUGGGCUGCUGUAUAGGGACCUUCGUAACUGACCUUAGAUAAUUAUCAGUACAACAGUAGUUCCACCCGAUUGUUGUCCUUGCUGCUGUGUGGUGUGUCUUUUAAAAUUGCCUUCCACUAGCUAAGGUCAAAAGCAGCUUCUCUCAGUGGCCCACCAUCACCAGCGACUCUUCAUCACAAGUGUAGCUGUAGUUGCCUGUUCUUUCCUCCCCACUCUUGAAAGUGAAAUGACAACCUGAUACAGUCCAAAACAAAGCCAGCUCUUGCACUCUGAAAGCAAUGCUGUGGCUAGUAUUGAUGGCCCAGAAUAGGCUUCAGAAAUGACCUGUCACAUGCUCCAGGCAUCUGGAAUCCAUAUGGGCCAUCAAUAACUGAACACUUGAAUAUUUCUGUAAAAAGUGAACUAGUUUAAGUAUACUUUGUGGUCAUAGACUCUUCCCUGUAAGAUUGUUUCAUAACUCUUUUUUUUUUAAGUGACAAUUUCCCCCAAACGGUCUGUAAAUAAAGUCAAUUCUAUGAGCUGUUUGUCUCGCUGUGUAAAAGGAUGUUGGAAGUGAGUGGG